AUGCAUCUUAGUCUCCAAGUUUCAACCCACCAUCUAUCCUCCCGCAAAACGGCCAGAAGUCCUCCUCGACUGUUGUUCAAGAUAAAUGCGGCGCUAGGAGAAAGCGCUCGCAUGAGUGUUAGUCGACUACCGUAUACUUUAACGUGGACGAAUACAGAAUUGUUCUUUGUUACCCGAGGAGAAGAGUUGAAUGUUAUGAGGAUUCCAUUAUUCAAAGGAGCGGAUGAUAAGACGGUUCCGGCAAAGCAAAAGGAAAAGAAGAAGUCGGAAAAUUAUCAUCGAAUCAAAUUCUUCAGUGCCAUCUCAAGGAUUGAUAGUCACAAGAAAAGUAUGACACAGCCCCCUAUCGGUGUAUUGGUGAAGGAAGAUACUGAUCUUGGGGGAUGGAACUGCAAGAAUGUGGAUUUAGAGACGGAUUGA